AUGCAGUGUAACACAAGUAUAGAGGACUGUUUGGACGAAGACGAUAUAACUUUUCCAUCCUUCAGUCCCGAAGUGGACACUCAAAACAGGUUCUUGCCAAGAAGUGAGCUCCCCUCGGUGAGGCAACUUGUUAUCUCCAAGCAAAAAAGCAGGCGAAGAAGGGAAAACAAUGUUUUUGUGGGGAAAAUGGAGGACGUGCUUGUGAAGUGGAGACCGCCUGCGUCUUCGCAUCGUGGCGCCAUCGAAGCCAUUAAUGGCACACAUCCAUAUCAAAUCGAUACGGCGCAGUUCAGCUCUAGAAGGUCAGAUCCCUUUGGUUCAACUAAGAGGGACGAGUCCGUGCGUUCGAUAAUAGAGUCGUUUACGGACUGGUGGAGACGCAAUUCCAAGAUUUUCUUCAACGACGAGGUGCAAGGGGAGGAGGAAGGUGUGCUUGCUGAAGGCAACGCAAGUCAGCGCGGCCAGGAGUUGCAACUUUUCGACGAGGAUCUCUUUUCCUUCCACCUGAGCCCGAACGAAAUGUCCACCAGGAAUAGCGAACAUCAAAUGCAGACACCGGUGCUUUUCCCCUGCGAAGUGCCCAUGAGGACAGGACCAACCGCUGCAGGACGAAAAGUUAUUGACAUCGGUGAUGGUGAGGAGCUGUCCAUAUACCGAGAUAUUUACUCUAACCCUAUUCCCGUCAGCUAUUUAGAUACCUUGAACUUGAACAAUUCUAUGUCCUUGCGACAAAUGCAACAACAACAGCAGCAACAACAACAACAACAGCAGCAGCAACAGCAGUGUGCCGGGAGCUCAUCUGCAUUGGAAUGCUGUGCAGAUUCCAAUUGGGUUAAGAUUUUUCUUUGCCACAACGAUUAG